CGCACAGGAAGAAGAAAGGGGAAUAAGACGACAGUCUUUUCUGUAAUAUUUAUUCCUUGCUUCUGUUUCCCGGAAGGUGUCUUCGAUUGAGCAGAGAGAUAGAUAGAGAGAGAGAGAGAGAGAGAGAGGAGAGGAGAGAGCGUCGUCCCCACUCUCUGACUCUCAUUUAUCUCUCCAUCCCCACCUCCUCUCUCUCCUUCGUUCUUCCUCUGUAGAAAACGACGACGAUUCCAGCAAAACUGGACUUCCUUUAUUGUGGUGAUUCCAUUUCUUUCCUCCGAAUCGAUCUCACAAGGAAGAGCAAGCAGCAGCAACACCACCAGCAACGGAUAGGCGAAAAAAGAAAGUAGAAAAGACGAAGAGAAAGAGAAGGGCGGAGAGAGGGGGAGGGGGAAGCCUUUUCGGUUGGUUGGUUGUGCAGCAAAAAACUCUGAGUACAGCUGCACUUAAAAUAAAAAGGCUCGUGUCGAGAUCUACCUAUCCUUUAUUUCCCCCUCUUUCCUUGUUACCGUUCUUACUGUAGUAAGUACUAACGAUUGGCAUGGAUUAACGCCAUUAGGAAAUAAAUCAAGGGCACGCUGUUUUUGUGAUUCCUCUUCUCUUCUCCACCUUCCUCUCUCCUCCACAAUUGAAUCUAAGCAUGGUUUCCAUUGCUAGUGGUGGAAAUGAUUAGCAAGAGGCGGUGAAGAAAGUUGAACUUUUGGUCAUGUUGAGCAACAAUCGGUAGUCUUGGCGCGUUUUGGAGGCAGAGAGAGAGAGAGUGAGGGAGGGAGGGAGGGAUGGCGGAUGCGUCAGGGAACAUCCCCUCGUACAAGGGCAUGUCUUCGGACAAUGUGAAGGGUUUGAUACUGGCUCUGUCUUCCAGCUUCUUCAUCGGCGCCAGUUUUAUCAUUAAGAAGAAGGGACUGAAGAAGGCCGGUGCAUCCGGUGUCCGAGCAGGAGUUGGUGGUUAUUCGUACCUAUAUGAACCACUUUGGUGGGCAGGCAUGAUAACAAUGAUUGUUGGAGAAAUAGCAAAUUUUGCAGCUUACGCAUUUGCUCCGGCAAUUCUCGUGACCCCGUUGGGUGCUCUCAGUAUAAUUAUUAGUGCGGUGCUUGCACAUAUUAUUUUGCAGGAAAAGCUUCACAUUUUUGGAAUUCUUGGUUGUGUCCUUUGUGUGGUGGGUUCAACAACUAUUGUAUUACAUGCUCCUCCAGAACGUGAAAUUGAAUCAGUGAGGGAGGUGUGGGAUCUUGCUACUGAACCAGGUUUUCUAUUUUAUGCCUUUCUGGUAAUACUGGCAGUUUUUGUACUCAUAAUUCAUUUCAUCCCACAGUAUGGACAAACGCAUAUCAUGGUGUAUAUUGGCAUCUGUUCACUUGUUGGAUCUCUGUCGGUAAUGAGUGUCAAAGCCCUUGGCAUUGCCCUAAAACUAACAUUCUCAGGAACAAAUCAGCUUAUAUAUCCUCAGACGUGGACAUUCACUUUGGUUGUAGCUGUUUGUGUUGUGACUCAGAUGAACUAUCUUAAUAAAGCAUUGGAUACAUUCAACACUGCAGUGGUAUCACCAAUAUAUUAUGUCAUGUUCACUUCUUUCACAAUUUUGGCAAGCAUCAUAAUGUUUAAGGAUUGGGAUCGCCAAGAUCCAUCACAGAUCGUCACUGAGAUGUGUGGGUUUGUGACUAUUCUCUCGGGUACCUUCUUGCUUCACAAAACCAAAGAUAUGGGUGAUGGUAUGUCUUCCUUGUCAGUGCGCCUUUCAAAAUAUAGUGAGGAAGAUGGGUUUGCUCCUGAAGACAUUCCUCUUCGAUGUCCAGAAUCUUUCCGGUCACCCUGAUGCAUUGAUUCCACCUCUUUAUACCUGAGACGAACAGAAUCUUGCCUCCAACGUUGGGAUCUUGUCAUUAUUUUACGAUUCUUAUUCUUUUCAUUUGCAAGGAAAUGUGCUAUGCGGAUAUUCAGCUGAUGCUGGUCGGUUCUUCUCUCCAUCGAAAGUGCUGUUCCCCUUAACAGGCCUAAGUCUCGAGUUAUGGUGCUCUGUAGCAUCAAGAUGGAAAUGAGAAGAAGACAAAGUAUCAUGUUGGGAGUAAGAAUUUACAAAGCCUCUGUUUAUUCUUUUUCUUUUCCUCUUUUUCAUUCAUUACCAUUUCUAUGACCGAGAUAGUGCUUCACAUGGUUAGUCUUGUAUUUUAUUAAGAAUCCUAUAGUGAGUAGCACGUUUCCAAUCUGUCAAAGAUUAGAAAUUUUUUGUGCCAUUUUUUGGCGUAUCAUUCACGGACAUGACUUUCUCCUUUUGUAUAUUGCUUUGCAUCUUAUUGAAGAUCCAUUUUCGA